GCUCCAGACCCCCCACGACCCAGUAGGGUAAGCGGUUUGGAUGAUGGAUGGAUGGAUGGAUUUUAAGCUGUAAACAUCUAAGAACUCUACAGUAUUAUCAGUAACGUUCUCUGCGCAUUUUUUAAAACGUACAGAGGGCGGCGAUAUUCUCCCGCAAGGGAAGGUUUGUUUCUGUCACGCCCGCUCCCUUUCCUGCUGCUUUAAUAAAACACCCGAUGCGACUACUGUGGCUCAAGUAUUUUCAUUGUUUGCUGACUGAUUUGAAGUGGAUACAAAUGAAAAUAAUUUAAGGGGUAUUUUUCUACGCAACUUGUAUUUUCAAAACCUUGGGUGUAAAAAGAGCAACGCGGUUUCAACGCACGCACGGAAUACAAAACAUCCAUCGGUAUGAAGCAAAGGCUGUGCAUUUUUAUUUAUACUCUGCUUAGCCUGCGGUUAACAUUUGGGGAAAAUUGGUAUGCAGUUCCAGAAGAGAGUAAACGCGGGUAUGUUAUUGGAAAUAUAGCCAAGGACCUGGGCCUGAACACCGAAAGACUGUCAGUACGAAAGGCCCGUCUUGAUACUGAAGGUAGCCGCCGUCGUUAUUGCGACAUUAAUCUGAAUACGGGCGAUUUGAUUGUUGCGGAGAGGAUUGACAGGGAAGCUCUUUGUGGUAAAAAAUCUUCAUGCACUUUACAAUAUGAGCUUGUUCUAGAGAAUCCUUUGGAAUUGCACCGGAUUUCUCUACAAGUACUUGAUAUUAAUGACAAUUCGCCAAUAUUCGCCAACGAUAUUAUUAGACUGGAAAUUACUGAAAAUGCAGUUAAGGGGACUCGGUACCUUCUCGACGAAGCCCGCGAUGCGGAUAUUGGACAGAACACAGUUCAGACAUAUACCCUACAAAAUAAUGACCAUUUUCUUUUGUCUAUUCAAACGAACCCAGAUGGUGGAAAGUACGGUAAGCUGGUGUUAGAGAAAGAGCUGGAUCGUGAACAGCAGCAGGAAGUAAAAUUGUUACUUACCGCCGUUGACGGUGGGACUCCGCAGAGAUCUGGCACUGUGCUGUUACACGUUACCGUAUUGGAUGUUAAUGAUAAUGUCCCAGUUUUUAGCCAAGCCGUUUAUAAAGUUAGUCUGCCUGAAAAUUCUCCGUUAGACACCGUGGUUGUUACAGUUAGUGCUACUGAUGCAGACGACGGAGCCAAUGGAGACGUUUCAUAUGAACUCGGUCUUUUAUCAGAAGAGGAGAAAAAUUUGUUUUUUCUUGAUCGGAAAACGGGAGAAAUGAGGUUAAAGGGAAAAAUAGAUUUCGAAGAAGAAUCUAGUUUUGAAAUCCGAGUUCAAGCUAAAGAUGGCUCUGGGCUUGGUUCUCAGGCAAAAGUCAUUAUAGAUAUAGUUGAUCUGAAUGACAAUGCUCCGGAGAUAUUUAUUAAGUCCCUUAAUAAUCCCAUAUCAGAAGACGUAUUGCCUGAUACGGAGGUGGGCAUCAUUAACGUGCAUGACAAAGACUCUGGAAGAAAUCGACAGGUCCACUGUUCAAUUCAACAAAAUAUUCCUUUCAAGUUAAUCCCGUCCAUUAAAAACUAUUUUUCCCUGGUAACUUCUACAGUAAUUGACCGUGAACUACUGUCGAAUUUUAGCAUUACCAUUACCGCAACCGACGAGGGCUCUCCACCGUUGUCUUCUUCAAAAACUGUUCAAUUAGCUAUAUCAGACGUGAACGACAAUGCGCCGAUAUUCAAUGAGCAAAAGUACAACGCCUAUGUCAGUGAGAAUAACCAGCCUGGCACAUCCAUUUGUUCUGUUACAGCGACUGACCCAGACUGGAAACAGAACGGCACCGUUAUAUACUCAGUUUUGCCCAGUGAAGUUAAUGGUGUUCCCGUGUCAUCUCUAUUGUCAAUCAACGCAGAUACAGGGGUGAUUCAUGCUGCAAAAUCAUUUGAUUAUGAGCAGUUCAGAAGUUUCAAAGCCCAUGUUAUUGCCAGAGACAAUGGUUCCCCUCCGCUCAGCAGCAAUGUGACUGUGAUCAUCUUCAUAACAGAUCAGAAUGAUAACACCCCACAGAUACUAUACCCUGAUCCAUCAGGAAAAUCUUUCCUCACUGAGAUGGUCCCUAAAGCUGCUUAUGGGGGCUCUCUGGUUUCCAAGGUGAUCGCUGUGGAUGCUGACUCUGGACAGAAUGCGUGGCUCUCCUAUCAGAUUUUGAAGUCAACUGAUCCUGGACUGUUUACUAUUGGUCUCCAUAGCGGGGAGAUCAGGGCGCAGCGGGACAUUGCUGAAUCAGAUAAUGUGAAACAGAACCUUGUUGUUUUAGUUAAAGAUAACGGACAGCCCUCUCUUUCAACUACAAGUACCGUAUAUUUACUCGUUUCUGAUAAUUUGGCUGAGAUUCCUGAGCUGAAGGAUAUGUCUUAUGAAGAGAGCGGUUCCAAAUUAACUUCGUAUUUGAUUAUCGCACUGGCCUCUGUUUCAAGUUUAUUCCUGGCUUUUAUUAUUCUCAUCAUGGCCCUGAAGUUUUGCAAUAGGAGCAAACCUGGAUUGAUGUUUGACGGUGCAGUCGCCAUCCCCAGCGCAUAUUUCCCUCCAAACUAUGCAGAGGUGGAUGGAGCAGGAACUCUGCGCAGUUCUUACAAUUACGACACUUACUUAACAACGGGCUCGCGUACCAGUGACUUCAAAUUUGUAACUUCGUACAACGACAAUACACUUCCUGCUAAUCAGGACCUUAUGAAGACCCAAAUGGAAACCACAAUGAGUGAUGUAAUAGCACUUAAUGAAAGUGAUGAGCAAGUAUGAGGGAAUAGGUGUGCUGAAUAGGUGUGCUGAAUAGGUGUGCCGAAUAGGUGUGCUGAAUAGGUGUGCUGAAACAUCGCUUUGGACCACAUACUUUACUUGUUACCCCCACAAUAACCAGAAAAAAAUCCAUUAACUUAACAUGUUAAAGUUUUAUUGUACAAACAGCAUUAAUAUAUUGUAGAAUUUAUUCAAGUAUUAUGCUUAUAGUUAGAAUAGCUGUAGAAUAUAAG